AUGGGCGGUGCGUGGGAGCGUCUCGUUCAGUCGGUCAAAGUAGCAAUGGGUGUGGCUUAUUCGGACGGAAAGUUGGAUGAGGAAGGAUUGCAAACUCUGGUCGUGGAAGCGGAAGGCAUAGUAAACUCUAGACCAUUGACAUAUCUGCCUCUCGAUGCUGAAGAUUCGGAAGCACUAACCCCAAACCACUUCCUGCUGGGAAAUUCAACUGGGGUUAAGCAGCCUGCGGUUACCAUCAAGGAUCACGCUGGGUUCCAGCGAGAAACGUGGCGGCAGAUUCAACGCCAGAUCGAUGUUUUCUGGCAACGAUGGCUAAAGGAAUACUUGCCGGUAAUCCGCCGACAAACCAAAUGGUUCAGCGAAGUUCGUGCCAUGCGUGAGGGUGACCUGGUGAUGAUAGCCGAAGAUGGCGUUCGUAAUGGAUGGGUGAGGGGACGCGUAGAUAGAGUGAUCCAGGACAAGGAAGGAAGAGUUCGACAAGCCUUUGUUAGGACAUCCAGUGGUAUGCUGCGGCGCCCAGCGUCCAAACUUGCUGUUUUGGACGUAGGCAACGAUUCUAGUACAGUCUUGGGAGAUGCCAAGAUGCACCCGGGGGAGGAUGUCACCGCAGCAGCUGAAUCGGCAACCCUGCCGAGUGUAGAAGCCCUGCGGGAAUGA